AUGUUCUGCUUUCGGGGCUCUCCCGCUGCCCGCAGACCUCAACAGCGCCAACGGCGGCAGCAGCUCCCUAGGGGGGCCCCUAGACAGCGACGGCCGCGCUGUGAUUCGAACCAAAGCCGUUCUGCACAGCGGCAACGCAGCAAACCACCGCAUAGCCAUCAAGACCCACGGCAAGGACUUGCUGAUCAAAGUCGGCACCUUCGUUGA